AUGCCGAAGAUAUCGCUUAUCGGAAGUGGCUAUAUAGGAGCCCUAGUGGGUCAGUUGUGCUUGGUGGACAACCUGGGGGAUGUUGUUUUGUAUGAUGUAGUGCAGGGGGUACCACAAGGGAAAGGAUUAGAUUUAAAACACCUUAGUACCAUACUAGGGGUGAAUAGGAUAAUAACAGGUACGAACAAUAUUGAAGAUAUAAAAGAUUCAGAUGUAAUUGUAAUAACAGCAGGUGUGCAAAGAAAAGAGGGCAUGAGUAGAGAAGAUUUGAUAGGUGUAAAUGGAAAAAUUAUGAAAAGUGUAGCUGAGUCUGUGAAAACAUAUAGUCCAAAUGCAUUUGUUAUAUGUGUAAGUAAUCCACUUGAUAUUAUGGUAAAUGUAUUUCAUAAGUAUAGUAAUUUACCGCAUGAAAAAAUAUGUGGUAUGGCUGGUAUAUUAGAUACAGCAAGAUUUAGAACAUUACUAGCUGAAAAAUUAAAUGUUUCACCAGCAAAUAUUAAUGCAAUCAUUUUAGGAGGGCAUGGUGAUUUAAUGGUACCUUUAGAAAGAUAUUGUUCUGUGUCAGGUAUACCUCUUUCCGAAUUUGUAAAAAAAAAUUUAAUUACAAGCAAAGAUAUUAAUGAAGUUAUUGAAAAAACUAGAGAUAUGGGAGCAGAAAUUAUUAAAUUAGCUAAAUCAUCUGCUGCUUUUGCCCCUGCUGCUGCUAUUGUUAAUAUGAUAAAAUCAUUUUUGUAUAAUCAAAAUAAAUUAUUUACAUGCGCAGUUUAUUUAAAUGGUUUAUAUAAAUGUUCUGAUUUGUUUGUUGGUUCAACUACUUUUAUAAACAACAAAGGGGUUUAUCCAAUAGAAUUUCCCCUUACGCAGGAGGAGCAACAACUGUACGAUAAGUCAAUUGAGCAUGUCAAAGUCAAUGUUAAGAAGGCAUUUGACAUAAUUAAUUAA